AUGCCCCAGGCCGGCGUCCCGGCACUGGACGGGUGGCACCUAUCUUGUGCCAUCCUACUUAUCUUGGUCCUGUCCCUUGCGUUCGGCAAGAUAGGCGACAUGCUGCAGGAGCGGGGCCGAUCCCCAGCGGCGGCGGCCGCAGCAGAAGCAACAGCCGCGGCAGAAGCAAAGGAUUCCGCGGCGGCGGCAGCGGCACCACCACCGCAAUCAACAUCAUCACGAGGACUGGAGCUAGUCAUUUUGGCCCCCGCGAUACGGCGGCACAUACGGUCAUUCUCUAGAUAUCUAAAGCCCGCACUACAAGUGAGGGAUCUGGCUUCCGUGGCCUCCCUGCCUACCUGGCAUUCGAACGUCCAGGAAGGCCGCUCCAGACGUAAGUGUCAACCAGUUAUUGGCUUCUAUUGGUUUGUUAUCUACAGCUAG